GGCCACGCCCUUUACGUCGGGACGCUCAGUCGGCCUCGGGAGGCGCAGCCUUCGCCGCCUUAGAAGGAAGGAGGUCCGUUGUGUGAGGAAGCUGCUAUGGUGCUGAGUUCCCGGGUAGAGUCGACCGAGCCGAGGCGGUCGCGGCCAUGAAGGCAGGUGCUACUUCUAUGUGGGCUUCAUGCUGUGGGCUGCUGAAUGAAGUCAUGGGAACUGGAGCUGUCAGAGGUCAGCAGGCAGGGUUCCCAGGAAGCACGGGCCCAUUCAGAUUUACACCAAGCUCUGACUUUCCCACCUACCCACCAGCAGCUACUGAAGGGCCCAAUAUAGUUUGCAAAGCUUGUGGACUUUCAUUUUCAGUCUUUAGAAAGAAGCACGUCUGCUGUGACUGCAAGAAGGACUUUUGCUCCUUUUGCUCAGUUUCACAAGAAAACCUCCGCAGAUGUUCCACGUGUCACCUACUACAAGAGACAGCCUUCCAGCGCCCUCGGCUGAUGCGACUGAGAGUGAAGGACCUACGGCAGUAUCUCCUCCUCAGAAACAUACCGACCGACACGUGUCGGGAGAAGGAAGACUUGGUAGAUCUAGUACUGUGCCAUCGUGGGCUAGCUUCAGGGGAGGACCUGGACUCAAGCAGCCUCAAUUCCUCACGCUCCCAGACGUCUCGUUUUUUUACACAAUCCUUUUUUUCGAAUUAUACAGCCCCCUCUGCUACUGUCUCCUCCUUCCAGGGAGAGCUCAUGGACAGAGAUGGGACCUUCAGAUCUGAAGUUCUGGCACAGGUUCAAAGUGAAAUAGCUUCAGCAAACACAGAUGAUGAUGAUGAAGAUGAUGAUGAAGAAGAAAACUUGGAGGAACAGAACCCAGGGCUCUCCAAGAAGAAAGUGAGAGCCUCGCUGUCUGACCUGUCAAGCCUUGAAGAGGUAGAAGGGAUGAGUGUGCGCCAGCUGAAGGAAAUCCUGGCUCGGAAUUUUGUCAACUAUUCUGGUUGUUGUGAAAAAUGGGAGCUGGUAGAGAAAGUUAACCGGUUGUACAAAGAGAAUGAAGAAAACCAAAAAUCAUAUGGUGAGCGGAUGCAGCUUCAGGAUGAGGAAGACGACAGUCUGUGCCGAAUCUGCAUGGAUGCAGUCAUUGACUGUGUCCUGCUGGAGUGUGGGCACAUGGUCACCUGCACCAAGUGUGGCAAGCGCAUGAGUGAGUGUCCCAUCUGUCGGCAGUAUGUGGUGCGAGCUGUGCAUGUUUUCAAGUCAUGAAAUUGAGGCCCCCCUGAGUGGGACACUCCCGUGACUCUACCCCAAACCUGAGUGCAUAAAAGGGACUGGAAACUUACUGUUCCAAGGCAGAAGCUAUUUUUAAAAAGUAUUUUCAUUACUGACUGGGACAGGAAGUUCAUCCUAAGUUGAAGAAACCUGGGCUGUGCCGUAGGCCUGACUGCCUGUGGACACGACUUUCCCAGCUUGUGCUGGGUUUUGUCACUGUCUCCCUGAGCACUAGUUGCUGAAGUCAGACUGUUCCAUGUGGAUAUUUGCUCUUGCUCUAUGGAGGUCACUUGCCCUGUCUCUUUAUAUUCCCCCUGUAUCCUGUGUUGAAAACUUACUUUCUUUGACAUGAACUCACAAUUCACAAGUGGGCUAGUGUGGACUAUACUGAGCAGUGGCCGCUCUGAAUGUUCACUUUAUUAGUCAUAUAUUUUAAAUGCUAAUAUUUAAUGAAUGUAAGUUUCCACAUUGUUGCUAUCUCUGCAUUUAAGCACAAUUGGGAGACGACUGACAUUCUAUAGUCAGCUGCCAGGGCCUCAGAUAACUAUGUCAGUUUUUGUUCAGUUACAGCUUUUAAUAGCAAGGGCUGCAUCUAGCUUUUAUCUUAGAAGUGUGUGUGUGCGUGCUAAAUUCUUAACAUGUAAUCAAUUUACACUUUUGUAUAGUGAAGGUGUAUUUUUAGUGCUACCUGCUAGUAAUUUCAACUUUAGGAAUAAAAUUAGAUUAAAAGGC